AUGCCGGCGUCGCCGAUCCAGCAUCGCUUCGAGACCCUCGCUUCCGACUUCCUACAGCCGGCUUCGUCCUCCUCCUCGUCGGCGGCAGCGGCGGCGGCAGCGGCGGCGGCAACGGCGACGGCAGCGGGGGCCAAGAAGAGUCGCAAGAUUUCGCUUCCGAAGUCCAUCGGCCGCAAGAUCCAAGCCUCCCGAAGCAGCGGCGUACUCGGCCGCAGAGAAGCCUCCUUCUCAGCGACGGGGCCCCCGCUUCUGCCGAUAGAGGCCGCCGGAGGCGGCGGGGGGGGCUCCGUGUGUGCGGUGGCUCACCGGGCGGCGUUGACGCUCGAGGAGCAGUGGGAGACCUUGUCGGACAUGGCUCUGUGCACGUCGAGGCUGUCUCCUGAGGAUGCGGCGAGGGUGCAGCUUUCGGGCAUCCCUCGCCUGGAAUCCGCACGCCUCCUCCACUUGCACGGGGGCCUGGCCCUCCUCCCCGGGGACGGCGCUGCGUCCCAAGCGGCGUCUGCCUCGCAAGCGGCUGCUGCUGCUGCGGCGGCGGCGAGCAGCGCGUUGUUCUACAACCCUUUCGAGGAGGCGGUCGGGGGGAUGGACGACGACGAGGAGUCGGAGAACGGGGAUGGGGACAUUGAUAGCCACGGAGAGGAGGGAGGGCGCGCGACACAGACUGGCCAGGGGGGGGGAGGCGACAGCGGAGGGAGACCGGGGGCGGAGCUCCCAGCUCGCUGGGCGGCAGGCGAGACGGGUCGCGUGGUGGCGAGGUUCUCCAACCCUCUGCAGGUGCCUCUGGAGGUGGAGUCGAUCACGGCGGUCGUGGACGGGGCUAGGGUGCAGGCGUUCCCCACGAGCGUGCUUCUUCCUCCGCGGGCGGAGUUCCAUGAGGACGGGCAAGUGGUCUUGAGGGGCGUGUCUGUGGAGGUGCUGUCCCUGGUGACCAUGUGCAGGGUCGACAAGUUUGGAAGAGGCGUGUCUCCCGGACCGAGGGCUCCCCCGCCGCGGACGUACAAGAGCCUCCGAGCCACCUUCCGCCAGCCCAAGCAGGCCUUGACGACGGACACCGUGGACAUCGCCGCCGCUGCAGCGGCGGCGGCGGCGCAGGCGGAGGCGGCGGCUGCCGCCGUGCAGGCCGAAGAGGAAGGAGGAUCUCCGGUCGACUCAGAAGGAAACCCGGCCGAAGGGACUGGGGUUGGGUUUGGCGGGGGCGACGUGGAGGUGAUCGGGGGGGGUACCGGGGUGUCUUCAAGCGUCGCCGCCGAGGCAGCAGCAGCAGCAGCAGGCGGGGUUGUUCCCCCGGACAAGGGCAGCAGUGGCAGCGCUAGCCCUCACGGCGGCGAGGGUGACGACAACGGCGGUGGCAUGGCGGUGGAAGAUGGCAACGGAGCGGCGGCAGGGGAACAGGGAGGCAGCCUCGACCGUGAAGACAAGCAGGAGGAGGAGGAGGAGGAGGAUACGGCGGGGCGGCAACAGAACAGCAACAACGAGGAGGAGGAGGAGGAGGAGGAGGAGGAGGAGGAGGAGGAGGAAGAGGAGGAAGAGGAAGAGGAGUUUACCCCAGACCCGCGCAUGAGGAAAGGGGAGACCGCCUGCCGGAAGCUGAGGGUGGAGAGCGCCGCCCCCGUCGUCCGGUUGUCUCGGGCGUCCCCGCCGACCUCGGAGGUCCUCGCCGGGGAGGAGAUAGUGGAGGUAGCACAAUUCCUCGGCGGCGGCCUGAGCUUCGACGGCGACGCGGACUCCACCGAGUGCCUGCUGGUCCUCGAGCUCGCCAACGACAGCGCCUUCCCGGUCUUCCCGUGGCGCUCCCACCGCGCCAAACAACAACAACAAGGACGUCAUCGGCGGCAGCUCACGGCCGGGACGAUUGGGGGCCCCGAGGAUGGGGGGGGACUGGGGAGGGGGCAGGUAGUGGAGAUCCCGAGGGGGUCGCGGAGGUGCUUGUCUCUGAGGGUUCCCCGGCUGAGAGUGAGGCCGGAGGGAAGGAGCUCGGGACGGGACGGGGACGAGCCCCGUUCCCCGCUGUCGCUCCGGCCGCUGUUCGACUGGGAGAAGUCCCUCGCCAGUCACAUCCUCGAGGAGCUGUCGCUGCGGUGGUCCACGGCCCGAGAGGAGGCCCUCGCGGCCGCCUCGUUAGGGACCGCCUCCGGAGGCGGCGUUGUCCCUGACCCGUUUACAGGAGAAGGGACGGCGUCGGCGGGGGGGGGAGAGGAAGGUUGGCGGUCGGGCCGUCGGGGGUGUGUCAGGAUCGCCUUGGACCAGGUAGGCGAAGACGGGAGUUGUCAUCGCAGCAGCUCUGCGGGGGGAGGCGGCGGCUCCGCCGGAGGAGGAGGGGCGGGGGUAUCGAGGCCGUCGCAGCCACGGCACCCCGAGGCGGUGCCCGAGUGCCUUCUCGGAGUCUUGCUGCCGCCGGUCAGGCUGAGCUGUCUGCCGUGCGCCUUCGUCCCUAGUGUCGCCGGUGGAGGUGGUGGUGUCGGGUGGUCGGCGGCGGGCGCGAAAGGGCUCUUCGGCGCGGGAGAGGGGGCUCCCAGGGUCGGAAUCGACGAGGCCGGGCGCGUUCAGGUGGAGGGGGGGGGGAUCCGUGAUGUGGAGGGCGCGUGGGCGGCACAGACGACGGUGGACUCGUUCCUGCCGGUGUCCCUGGUGGUGCACAACUCGUCCCGCUGGCCCAUUGACGUCCUCGUGGAGGUUACCUCCACCUCCGAGGGUAGGGAGGAAGGGGGCUCCGUGUGCUGGGGCAACGAGGACGAGGACGACUCCGGACACGUCAUGUGGUCGGGGAUGCCGAGAAGGCGGGGAAUGUGGUGACGGUUGGCAUCCCGUCAUGUGCCACCUCCCGCUAAGCGUGUCGGUGCUGCCCAAGACCGCCGAGGGGGGGGAAGAGAAGGCGAACAUGGCCCAGGUGCGUCAUGUGGGUCCGAGAGUCGGUGGUGCGCCGGCAGGGGACGGUGAUGAAACACUCCCUACUUCUUCCUCGGCGUCCGUGCGGGGCAAGGGAGGUCACUUGGAGUCACCCCCCGCCGGGCUUGAGCGGCUCGUGGGCGACGGUAGCACGCCCGCGUCGUAGUCUUCGCGGCCAGGCUGUCGGCGCUUGGAAACAGUCUUUUUGGUAAAAAACUGACUUUGGUUGGUUCUACAUGGAGCUGCCCUUUUUGACGCGGUCUGUUGGCGCUUGGAACCAUUUUUCUGACCAAUAAAACACAUGGGUUGGUUCUAGAGCUGCUAGUCUUGACGUGGUCUGUUGGCGCUUGGAACCGUUAUUUUUUUGUCAACUUUUGGUUCUAGAGCUGCUCGUAUUGACGCGGUAAAAGUGCGAACGCGUGCAAAAAAAAUCUACGGUUGUGUAGGGCGAUUGUUGAAGAUCGGAAAGUAUAAGACGUGUUGUACUUCUAGAUGGAAAUAAUAGUCACGCGGGAAGAAAUGUUGGUUCUCUGACAAUGGUUUGGGGGGGGCACGAACCCAUCGCAAGACGAUCGAUGGCCUGCCGUAGGUAUGUGUGAGAGCGUUCGAGACUUCGGGUGUGGCGCCUCGCCAUCUCCAGCACGUCUUUUUAGGGGGCGGAGGAAUAACUUUUAAGGCAUGCACGCGCAAAGAUAUCGGGAGGGGAACCUUGGGCUCGGGGUUGCGGAGCUCUAGCUCUCCUUGUGUUUUUGUCGUUGUUGGCUUCUUCACAUGAACAGCCACUCCAACCUCCGCCCAGUACUAUAAUACCUUACGACCUUGAUUAUCAGGGUUGUGGUCUCGGGCUUUUAGGAAAAUGUAUCACUCUACUUGUAGGUGUGGCCGUCACGAUCGGACGAUGUUGUUCCGGGGGAGGGGUGGUUGUUGUACUCCGGAGUUUUUGUCGAUGCGGGCUUCGUCCCGGGGUACAUAUAAUAGCAAGAGGUGGGAUGUUGUUUUGUCGACGAGCGGGGGUGUCGUUUGGUUAUUUCUCCUGGUUGGUCGUUGUCGCGGUAGCGGCGGAGAGGGUGGAGACGGGGUGCAAGGAAUGGGAGAGCGUAUGGUGCGCGUGGUUAGUUGGUUUUUUAGGGCGCCAGCCCGGUUCCCCCCGUGCUGGUAAAGACGGGGUAUUUUGACCGAGAGUAUAUAGUCUGUUUAACAAAACACGUGGUGUAUUUUUU